AUGAAUGACGUGACAAACUCCUUGCUCACAGAGCAUUUCAGCUAUACACCCUUGCCUCGAGUCAGGCUUACUCGCCACUCCCCCGAACGCUUGGGCUUUGCGCAUGCAAAUAAUGCCUCUACGAUACCCGAUACGGAUGAAGACGGCAAUGUUGUUUACCCGGAAGCCAAACUGGAACUCGAAAAUGGACUACACCAGCUAGAAACGCUCCUCGAGGCGACAGUGGACAAGGCAUUCGAUAAAUUCGAGAUUUACGUCCUGCGCAACAUCUUCACCGUGCCCGACGACUUGUUGAACUACAUCAGAUUGAGCCAUCACGAGCUCAUGCAGAACCUUGUCCUUGAUCCUUCCCCGAAUGCGCCUACUCCAGAAACGAUCCAUGCACUCCGCAAAAAGUUGAAUGAGACCAAGAAAUUGAACCGAUCUUUGAAACGCGAGAGCGCUCAAAACGAGGCUGUAAUCUCGCAGUUGCGAUCCAUAUUGUCAACAGUACAUGCACCCGAUUUCGCGAAAGACACAAAUGGAGAGGGCAAGGCAGGAACACUUCUGCCAAACCAAGAAAAGGACCUUGACCUUUCGUUCUUGAAGUCCAGUCCUGCUGCCCAGCAACUACGCGUUGGUGUUGAUACUGGCGCGAGUACCCAGUAUACACCGCUUACAACGAAUACGACCUUCAUUCUGUCCCAACUUCCUGCACUGCAGGCGAUGUUGAAGCAGCUCCGGCCCAAGCUUAUUUCUCUACCAAAGUCCAGCGAUAUCAUGGAGAGCGACGCCAAGUUCGAUGAAAGGAGGGAGUACAUCGAAAGUAGAAUCAAGCUGCAUCUUGAGCGGACCGGACAGCUGCCCGUUGGAGCUAACGGCAGCCCGACGAUUGUCGGACGGAGAAUUGACAUGGCAGAAGCACAAGCGCUCGAGUCUGUUACUGGUAUGCUUACAAAAGAUGAAAAGGAGGACUGA